AUAAAAACGGCAAACUUUUCGAAACAUUAAUUUUAUACAAAAAAUAUUCAACUACGAUUCAAUCGAUUCAUUGCAAUUACGAGACGCAGAACGCCAACACUGUAAUAUUUUUCACCGUCUUGACACCUCCAGCCGCAUAGUAGUUCCUGCUUUUAUUGCGAGAGAUAAGAUAACAGCUAACGAGAAGAUUUGUGAAGUAGAUCUCAAAGUGGAACCACCAUGGUUGGACAGUGCAGUUUAACGACAGCGAUCGUUCUAAUGAGUUUCGGGUGCGCAAGAGGAGGGAGUUUAUGGUGUUACGCCUGCAAUACCGAUUUAAGGGAUGGUCACACGACGGAAUGCAACGACCCUUACAACCCCACGCCACACUUCGACUUAGUCCUCUGUCCCCAAAACGACUCUCAUCAUUGUCUCAAAAGCCUCAUUACUUAUAGGGACGUCCUAGUGACGGUGCGAGGUUGCGUGCCGUCACGCGAAAUCGAUGGAUACUGCCAGCACGAGGAGCACUUCCCAAACUCCAGCAUCACGUGUUCCUUUUGCAACGAUUACGCUUGCAACGGUCAAGGAUCCUACCAUUUAUUCGUAUCGCAACAGUUGGGACUCGUCCUGCUCCUAAUCUCCGUAUCCGCGUUAUUCGAGUAAUUUCUUUAAGCAAAAUAAAACAUUAAUUUCGAACAUUAAUUUAUUAAAGGAAUCAUAUUAUUACGAAUUAUACAAAUCCUGUGUACUUGCGACCACGUCGUAAAAUAUUCUACAAAAUUGUAUAAAAUAUAGAUAAUAAACUAUUAUUAAUAUAACGUCAAAC